AUGCUAUGGUUUAUGGUUUGUAAUUUUAUAAGUGCCACCACUGUCUUGCUCGGUGUGGACACAUCUAGGGCUUUUUGGGACAGUCGUCACUACGUAGACAUAGCCACAAUUGAUAGCACUUUGAUGAAUAGUGGUUUGAUCGAUAAAAGCAUCCUGCUGUAUGCCAACGAUCCUACUCACAGCUGGCUCCAAUUGAACUCUAAUUUUAGGAACGCUAUCCAUCAAGUGAUACAUCCGCAUGAACUCAGCCCAGAGAGAUUCCUGCGCUUUUUAUCUGUGGAGCUGUGGGAUACUGCUUCGCUUCCGCAGGUAGACACUCUUGUCUUGUACUUUGCUGGUCACGGGUCUCCCGGGUUCAUUCGGUUCCAAGACUCUUCAAUCCUCUACAAGCAAAGCCUCGAGCGAGUGCUCUAUGCGCUGAAAGGUGCAGGUCGCUUUACCUACCUCUGCAUUCUUGUUGACUCGUGUCACGCAGCGUCGUUCAUUGAUAUUCUUCAGGGCGAGAGUUGGUACGUCGGAAUCAGCAGCUCCAUGAAAAACGAGUCCAGCUACAGUGCGUUUUCAGAUCCUGUCACUGGAAUACCACACAUAGACAGAUUCAGCUUAGCGUUGUCACUAGUCAACUUAUCUCACUAUCAGAAUUUCACCGGUCUUCUACUAGCCGAUGAAUUUUCUUUUAAGCACUUGUUGAGUCACCCACUAAUUGUUGGUAAUGGCUCUCUUUGGUUCAGAAAUGACGCAUUGCCAGAUUGA